GUUAAAAUAUUCAAAAUGGCGGACGGAGGAGCAGCGAGUCAAGAUGAGAGUUCAGCCGCGGCGGCAGCAGCAGCAGACUCAAGAAUGAACAACCCGCCAGAAAAUGGUAAACCGUCCAUGGAGAGUGGAGACAGCAGCACGGGCACACAAACGAAUGGUCUGGACUUUCAGAAGCAGCCUGUGCCUAUUGGAGGAGCAAUCUCAACAGCCCAGGCCCAGGCUUUCUUCGGACAUCUCCACCAGGUCCAGCUCGCAGGAACAAGUUUACAGGCCGCUGCUCAGUCUUUAAAUGUACAGUCUAAAUCUAAUGAAGAAUCGGGGGAUUCCCAGCAGCCAAACCAGCCUUCCCAGCAGCCUUCAGUGCAGGCAACCAUCCCGCAGACCCAGCUCAUGCUGGCUGGAGGGCAGAUAACCGGGCUUACUUUGACGCCAGCCCAGCAGCAGUUGCUCCUGCAGCAGGCACAGGCACAGGCACAGCUGCUGGCUGCUGCGGUGCAGCAGCACUCCGCCAGCCAACAGCACAGCGCUGCCGGGGCCACCAUCUCUGCCUCCGCCGCCACGCCCAUGACGCAGAUCCCGCUGUCUCAGCCCAUACAGAUCGCACAGGAUCUGCAACAGCUACAGCAACUUCAGCAGCAGAAUCUCAACCUGCAGCAGUUCGUGCUGGUACAUCCAACCACCAACCUGCAGCCAGCACAGUUCAUCAUCUCACAGACGCCCCAGGGCCAGCAGGGUCUCCUGCAAGCGCAAAAUCUUUUAACGCAACUACCUCAGCAAAGCCAAGCCAACCUCCUACAGUCGCAGCCAAGCAUUACCCUCACCUCCCAGCCAGCAACCCCAACACGCACAAUAGCUGCAACCCCAAUUCAGACACUUCCACAGAGCCAGGCAACACCAAAGCGAAUCGACACUCCCAGCUUGGAGGAGCCCAGUGACCUUGAGGAGCUUGAGCAGUUUGCCAAGACCUUCAAACAAAGACGAAUCAAACUUGGAUUCACUCAGGGCGAUGUUGGGCUCGCGAUGGGUAAACUGUAUGGAAAUGACUUCAGCCAAACUACCAUCUCUCGCUUUGAAGCCUUGAACCUCAGCUUUAAGAACAUGUGCAAGUUAAAGCCACUUUUGGAGAAGUGGCUCAAUGAUGCAGAGAACCUCUCAUCGGAUUCAGCUCUCUCCAGCCCAAGUGCCCUGAAUUCUCCAGGGCAGGGAAUCGAGGGCUUGAACCGUAGGAGGAAGAAACGCACCAGCAUAGAGACCAACAUCCGUGUGGCCUUAGAGAAGAGCUUCCUGGAGAAUCAAAAGCCUACCUCGGAAGAGAUCACUAUGAUUGCUGAGCAGCUCAACAUGGAGAAGGAGGUGAUUCGAGUUUGGUUUUGUAACCGCCGCCAGAAGGAAAAGAGGAUCAACCCACCCAGCAGUGGUGGGACCAGCAGCUCGCCUAUCAAAGCAAUUUUCCCCAGCCCGACCUCACUGGUGGCGACCACGCCAAGCCUUGUGACCAGCAGUGCAGCAACUACCCUCACAGUCAACCCUGUCCUCCCUCUGACCAGCGCUGCAGUAACCAACCUCUCUGUUACAGGCACUACAGACACCACCGCCAACAACACUGCGACCGUGAUUUCCACCGCGCCUCCGGCCUCCUCAGCAGUCACUUCCCCCUCGCUGAGCCCCUCGCCUACUGCCUCAGCCUCCACCUCUGAGGCCUCGAGUGCUAGUGAGACCAGCACAACACAGACCACCUCCACUCCUCUGCCCUCUCCUCUCGGGACCAGCCAGGUGAUGGUGACGGCGUCAGGGCUGCAAACAGCCGCGGCCGCCCUCCAAGGAGCUGCGCAGUUGCCGGCGAACGCGAGUCUCGCUGCCAUGGCUGCCGCUGCAGGACUGAGCCCAGGCCUGAUGGCACCGUCUCAGUUCGCAGCUGGAGGUGCCUUACUCAGUCUCAACCCAGGGACCCUGGGCGGUGCUCUCAGCCCAGCUCUGAUGAGCAACAGUACACUGGCAACCAUUCAAGCUCUUGCUUCUAGUGGCUCUCUUCCAAUAACAUCACUGGAUGCAACUGGGAACCUGGUCUUUGCCAAUGCGGGAGGAGCCCCCAACAUCGUGACCGCCCCUCUGUUCCUGAACCCCCAGAACCUCUCUCUGCUCACCAGCAACCCGGUUAGCCUGGUCUCUGCCGCCGCAGCCUCCACGGGGAACUCUGGGCCGGUCGCCAGCCUUCACGCCGCCUCCACCUCCGCUGAGUCCGUCCAGAGCGCGCUCUUCACAGCGGCCUCCGCCGGUGGGGCUGCUUCCACCACCACCGCCGCCUCCAAGGCACAGUGAGUGCCGCCGCCUCCCGCCUCCUCCAGCGCGGCCAGCGGGCGGCGCGGGGCCCAGCUCCCUCCGGCUGCGCUGCGCACGGUGUGAGGCCAAGGAGAGGAGAGCAGGGAAGACACGUGCCGGGAAGAAAGGAUGGAGACUGGACAUCAUUUGCCUAAUUUUAUAAUAAAACACUGUCUUUUCAGGAUUGCUUCAUGGAUUGGACAACUUUCUAACCAAAAAUUAAAAAAAAAAACAAAAAAAAGCAGAAA